AUGGGAGACGGUUCUGAUUAUCCUAGCCCACGAAGCGAAGGUCCCGGCGGGCCUGCAACUGUCCUCGUCACUGCCCAAGAACCUAUCCCUCCAGCACCAAAAAUGACUGAUCAACUGUCUCCAAGUUUCAUGGAAGGAGCUCGUCCGCGACUGUCGGUGAGACGGGCGCGAGAUCCACCCAAGAACGCUGCAGGCCAGAUCUAUUGCGACCAUCCUGAUUGUCAGCACGCGCCUCCGACGUUCCGCCGCCCAUGCGAAUGGAACAAGCACAUGGACAAACACGACCGCCCUUACAAGUGCUUAGAACCUGGAUGUGACAAGAUCCAGGGUUUUACGUACUCAGGUGGCCUUCUGAGACACCAGCGCGAAGUACACAAGAAGAAUAUAAAUGCGAAGAAACCUCUGAUGUGCCCAUAUGCCGACUGUAAUCGCAGCACUGGCAACGGAUUUACGCGUCAAGAGAACCUAAAGGAACAUCUUCGACGCCGCCAUAUGCAUACCGACAACGGCCACGCGUCAGAACUACCUAUUGUGCCAGUGCCUGAACUGGAUGGUACCGCGGCCCUGCCAGUCACUUCGCCUGUCAAGCGGAAGCGUGACUCGAUCGAUUCGGUCGAAAUUCCUGACGAAGAAGAAAACGGCGUUGAUCUGCGAAAUGAAAUCAAGAGACUACGACGCGAAGCCCAAAUGAAGGAUCGGCGGCUGGAGGAAUUGGAAAGAAUCGUUGCGGACCUGCAGCAGAGAAUUCCGCAGACUGCAGUCUCGCAGGGAUAG